AGCACCUACAAAAGAUUGACGCAGUGGCAAGAGAUAUACUAUUAUCACAAGAGCAAGUAUAUGAUAAUAUGGAAGAUGUUAAGAACAAACAUGACGAAUUAUUAAACCAAUUACAAGAAGCGAAAGAAAAUUUACAAAAUUUAUUAGAUAUUUCACAAAACGAAAUUCAAGAAUUAACGAAAUCAUUAAGCGAUGCAAAAAAAAUUCAUCAAGAUUUUAUGAAAUUUUUGAAACCAUUAAAAGUUUCAAUUGAUUUCAUUAAUUGGAUUUAUGACGGAAAACCUUUUACAAAUAAUGUAAUUUAUGUGAUUCCGUUAUUUACUCUUAUAUUUUGGAUAUUAUUUGGUAAAAUGGUGGCAAUUUCAUUAACGAUGCAAUUAUUAUAUCGUUACAUUAAUCAAUAUGAAACAUUCGAUGAACAAUUCAUUCAGUCUUUCGUUUUGGUGAUGACGGGAGGAAUAUUAUCAAGAGUAUUUUCCAAUGGAUUUGAAAAUCAAAUGAUAACCAAAAUAUUAAACAUAAUUCGUAGACGUUACUAAAAAAAUUUAAGGUUACCUUUUUACCACAAAUAAAAUGACGCAAAUCAAUUGUUUACUAAUUAGGAUGGAAAUAUACAUAUCAGGUUAUAAUCGCAUAUGACAACAAGAUGAUAUACGAGAAAAACAUGCAAAACUUUUUUUUAUUGAAAGAAUUUAUUUUCCAUGACUCGAAUAAUACGAUUAUUUAUAUCUUUUUUUUUAUUUUUAUUAUAUAAAAAAAAACGUGAGAAUUAAAUAAAUUAGUAUGAGUUCAUAGAAAAAUUACUUUAUUAAGAAAAUUU